UUUAGGUGCUAGCUUCUAAUUGUCGCAGCUGCUACCUUGUAAACGGAGCGUAAAUUGAGCAGAGAAAGAGGCAUCUGUCUCCGGAUUUAUGCGAUCUAGCCUGCUAUUGCUAGCGCUAGUGACAAAAGGCAUGUUUGGUUCGAGAAAGAAAUUUGCAGAGUUCGUUGAGGUAGUGGACAACGACUUUGCCGAUGAAAGCAUGUACUACAACCAGCCGUCGAUGUUCCCACAUCGGUCGGACAAAGAUAUGCUGUCGUCACCUUCGCCAUCCUCAUCGUCGGGGCAGCUGUCACAACUUGGUGCGAGUUUGUACGGUCCACAAAGUGCGCUCGGCUUUUCGGUAAGAGGCAUGGGGAACAGUACGCCUCAAUUGAACCGAAAUUUAACACAAGGCUCCCAGCUACAAAGUCACAUCACCCCCACAACUGGUGUCCCCACCAUGUCCCUCCAUACACCUCCCUCACCAAGCAGGGGGUCUUUACCGAUGAACACAAGGAACAUGCUGAACCACUCUCAGGUCGGUCAAGGCCUUGGCAUGAGCGGCAGGACCAAUAGCAUGAGCAGCUCGGGCCUCGGAAGCCCCAAUCGCAGCUCUCCUAGCAUCAUCUGUAUGCCCAAACAGCAACCAGCACGCCAAGCCUUCACUGUAAACAGCAUGUCUGGCUUCGGAAUGAACCGUAACCAGGCUUUUGGAAUGAACAACUCAUUAUCAAGCAAUAUCUUCAAUGGCACAGAUGGGAGUGAAAACCUUGCAGGACUGGAUCUGUCAGAUUUCCCUGCGUUAGCUGACCGGAGUCGGAGAGAAGGGACCGUUAACCCAACGCCAGUGCUUAACCCGCUGGCCGGAAGGGCUCCUUAUGUUGGCAUGGUGACGAAACCAUCAACGGAACAGACGCAGGAUUUCUCGAUCCAUAAUGAGGACUUCCCCGCGUUGCCCGGCCCAAAUUACAAGGAUCCGUCGCUGACCAGUGAUGAUAAUAAAACUAAUUUGAACUCCACAAGUAAGAGCACAUCCAACGCAGAUGGGCCCAAGUUCCCCGGGGACAAGACAGCCUCGGCGCAGAACAACAACCAGAAGAAAGGGAUUCAGGUGUUGCCCGACGGUCGGGUGACGAAUAUUCCCUCUGGCAUGGUGACUGACCAAUUUGGCAUGAUUGGCCUUUUGACGUUCAUCCGUGCAGCAGAAACGGAUCCGGGCAUGGUCCACCUAGCACUCGGAAGCGACCUCACAACACUGGGUCUCAAUUUAAAUUCACCAGAAAACCUUUACCCCAAGUUUGCGUCACCUUGGGCUUCAGCACCUUGUCGACCACAGGAUAUUGACUUCCAUGUUCCAUCGGAGUACUUAACCAAUAUCCACAUAAGGGACAAGUUGGCCGCGAUUAAACUGUCUCGAUACGGCGAAGACUUGUUGUUCUACUUGUACUAUAUGAACGGUGGAGACUUGCUACAGCUUCUGGCAGCAGUGGAACUCUUUAACCGGGACUGGCGGUACCACAAAGAGGAGCGACUUUGGAUCACAAGGGCACCUGGCAUGGAGCCGACACUGAAGACCAACGCCUAUGAGAGGGGAACCUACUACUUUUUUGAUUGUCUUAACUGGAGAAAAGUGGCAAAGGAAUUCCAUCUGGAGUAUGACAAGCUGGAAGAGAGGCCUCACGUGCCAACAACAUUCAACUACAACCCAGCCCAGCAGGCCUUCUAAGGCCGACUGACCUGUCCACAAGCCUACAGCUGUUCCUGCACAUAAUGCUGUUGUCCAGGAGGGCGCUAUGGUUCUCAUAGCCUGGUUUUUAUUCCUCGAGGAGUUGUCUGUUUGACUGCAGGGGUGGUGUUUGUCUGACAUCAGAACUGCCCUUUCUUCCCAAAAGUUCAUGCUGCCCAGAACACCAACACUUUUGUUUUUAUUCAAUUUGUUUCCCCCUGUUUUUUUCUGUCUUGUUUUGAGCAGGGUCUGUGUUAUGUUUACGUCUGUCUGAAUUCUCCCUGGAAGGAGGGCUGACCCUUGUCUAGAACACCAGAAAAAGUGAGAGGGUAGGCAAAGUUAAAAUCCUCAGACUCAAGUGAAAGAGUGAAAGAAAUGCAAUGUUUAUUGUUGCACUAUAUUUAGUAAUAAAAGAACACAACAUUU